AUGUCCGCAGUUCUGUGGACCUUCUACGAUGUGGACCUUGUGUGUAAGACUGAGAGAAAGGUGAGCAACGCUAACGUGAGCAGCACGCAAGAUUCGAAGGCAGUGGGAACGCAGGUGGCCACUGCCCCCAGCAGCUCUACAUCAAGUUCCUUCCAACCAUUUCCACCAAUUAACCAGUCAGAGGUCACUUCCUUGGCUCCUAGACCCUGGAACUUCCAGGGAGCUGCUAAUUGGUGCUGGGAAGACUACGCGGGGUCAGGGGAGGGCUCCCAAGGCUUGCUCCAGUCGUCAGGCAGGGGUGUGGCUCCAUUCCACAAUGGCGAGGGCAGGGGGCACCUGAAGGGGCAAAGAAUGAGCUUUGGCCUGCUGGGCAAGGCACGUUACAAGACUGAACUGUGUUGGCCCUUUGAGGAGUGUGGCAACUGCAAGUAUGGUCAGAAGUGCCAGUUUGCUCAUGGCCUCCGAGAGCUGCGCAUCUUGUCGCGGCACCCCAAGUACAAGACCGAGCUGUGCCGUACCUUCCACAGCGUUGGCUUCUGCCCAUAUGGCACACGCUGCCAUUUCAUCCACAACCGGAAAGAGCAGCAGCCGGCGGCGCCUUUUGAGAGCGUCUCAGAGACUCUGCAUCCGGACCUCCCCUGGGAACCGAGGCUCAACCUGAAUUCCAGCCACCCCCAGACCCCGGGAGGUCUCAGGGUGCCGCUGCAGCGCAAAAGCCCACUGUCGGGCACUGGCCCGCCACUGCAGGCCUCCUACACCACAGCCUUGGGCGCCCGGAUGUGCUGCACAGCAGCCCAGGGCGCCACGUGCUUGAUGGCGGCUCCUUAUUCCAACAACGCCUUCACCUUGGGCCCUGAGCUGAGAGGUUUCCUCUCGCCGCUGGCCUGCCAAACCCACAGUUUCGCUGCCUACUAUCAUAACGAGCAGUUGGGCUUUGCUGCAUCGACGGGGUUUCCUGCACCCCUGGCCGUGCCCUUGCUCCCCGCUGUACCGCUACCCAUUGCAGAGUCCCUGCCCACCGCCUCCUUGAUCACCAGGGACACCGACAUCAACAGCAACACCGACAUCAACAGCAACACCGACACCAACGUGGACUCUGAAGAUACAGAUCCCAACCACAAAGCUACUGACACCCCCUCGGCACAGUCCUCGCCCUUCAGCUUCCAGCAGCUGUGUAUCCUGCCUGAGUCUCCAGAGUUCGACAUGCUGUCCGCCCCGCUCGAUUCCUUGCUGGCCUGUGUCAACUCUCUGGGAUACUCCUCCAGCACAGAGAGCCCAAACUUCAACAGCAGCCACCGUCUACCCAUCUUCAGCAGUUUGUGCAUCUCCGAAAAAUGA